GUUUCUACCCACAUGGGUGUAAUAUGGGUCAUUACUAGGACUGCACUCAUUCAAUCCAUCCCACAGACCUUUGGCAUUUGAAGUGAACAAACUUACAGUAGCUGUAACCACCAGCCUGAGCGUUCACUGAGAAUGGUGGGGAAUCCAUGGCUGGCAAAUAACCCAAAAAAUACUCUGGCAAAAUCAAAAACCAGCAAGUCCUGGUAUUCUGUGCUCUAGUCUAGGUUCUGGCAAUUUUUCUAAGCUUUUCCUUUUCUGCUUUCAUCAGUUCUAGCUGUGUCUCUCUUUCACCUUGUUCAACUAAAGACUGACUGCUGGAUGUUAAUGUUUAACUGAAGCAACCUUUACAGAAGAAAUGUCUGUAUAGAGUAGCAAGAGAAUUAGCCAAGGUCUGAUAACCUCAAUGGGGUUAUCAGACCAAAACCUUCACUAACUCUGCAAUUUUCCAAAACUGGAAAUAUUUGAUAAAUUGGUGAAUGCACCCAAAGCCUAGAUCAUCCUGAUCAAAGGGGAUAACCCAGGCUUGGAAAAAACACUAGAACUGCUCUACUAGCUGCAACAGAAACCUACACUCACACCAACAAACUGUUUUAAGAUCUACAAACUUUAAUUAUAACAGAGAAGUAAAUUUAGAUGGCACCUUAAACAGGGCAGACACUACAGGACAGCCACACCUUUGGCAUAUCACAGCUCAGAUGAAGUUUUUCAUGGGCAAUUGCUAGUAGGCCCUCACUGAGGACAAUUUGUUAAAUCCAAUGACUCUGAUUACUACCUAGUUUACUAAGAUUUAGCAAUGUUGUCUUUUCAUAAAGUGACUCUUCUAAGGUUUCUAUUUUCUGUUCUUCUUCCCAAUUAUAUUAGCAAGCUUUUCUGCCUUUUCUAGAAUUGCUUCCUAUACUAUAUUAUCGGGCUUGCCUCUCUAAUGUUGUCUACUGACACUGCCACAUAUCAGAUCUUCUGUCAGUGCCAAGGACCCUUCUCACUCAUGAUCCCACACCACAAGGACACUGAAGAGCUUUCAGAAUGAGGCUGUGCUUUUACAAUGAUCUAUGCUAAAUAGAUCUAAGUAAAUGUUAUUGAAAAAAUGUGUGGUCUUGCUCUCAUGUCACUGUUUGGUUGUGGCAGCAGUUGAGCUAAUGAGUGGGUGGUGAAAUUAAUUAAAUAAUUAGUAUGGCAGAACAUGUAUAAUUUUUACUGAGGUUAUCUGAGUUUAUUUUUUUGCCUGGAUUUUGUGUUCAACCCACUGUAUGGUAGUACAUGCUCCACUGGUUGGCCCAUUGUAAAGAGCAGGUAUGGACCGAGGAAAAAUAGCAAGCUGAAUAAGCUUAAAAUACAUUUGACAGCACAGCUUUCAGAAAAUUACUUUUAUUCUGAUUCAAGGCCAAGCUAUGUUUGUGGUCUUGCAGUAAUUUGGAGGGACAAAGGUAUAUCUUGAAGAACAACUGAACUCCAAAGAUCCAGCUUGAGCUGAGGCAGUAAGAUGGUUCUUUCACUUGGUUCUGAUGAUAAAAUCCAAUUUAUAAAUUACUAUUGUUGGAAAAUCUUCCAGGAAUCUGAGCACAUGAGUGCCAAAAUAGAUGGCUGGUCAUGUUCCCUUGGGAGCAAUAUGGUCUGUCCUAGGCAUUAGCAUCUUGCAACUCUGUUAGCAUGGUGGCUUAGUAUGAUAAAUUAUAUUUUAAAGCAACUGACUACUGAGUGGAGCUCUGGGAAUAGAAGAAAUAUCUUGCUUUUCCAUAGAGCAUAUCUCUGAUCCUCUGAGAACACAAACCAAGCAUGAAUCUACUUUACACUAAGAGACCAUUUCAUCAGAAGAAUGUCACAUUCAAGCAUCAGUAUGUCAGACUGUCAUCUGGACAUAUAAAUUAAAACUGAGUAUUUGUAUGAGGUUGUGUACUGUAAGAUGUACUUAUGGAUUAUUUUCAGAACACAAAGCCAGAAAGUACUCUUUCUGCCAAACCUCCAUCUAUUUGCGUAUGUAUGUAUGCACUUCUGUACAUUUGCGUGAAUUUCUAAAGGAAAAUGUGUUUAAAAAAAAAAAGCAAAGACGGCUGGGAGGUAUAUCUCUGAAGUACAAUUCAGCCAGGAGAUGGUCUUAACAACACAACUGCCACAGAGCACGUGAUACGUGACCUUGGAUAUAUAUUAAUGUAUUUGUGUUUCUUAAACCACAGGGGCCUCCAAGCUCUACGCUAGGAACAAGAUUGCAACUUACUUAAAAGAAUGGCACCUACUGAAUGUGAUUGCCAGGAAUAUGUAGGGUACCUGAAAUUCUUCAGCAAAGCAAAAGUCAAGUUGCCCCAGUCCCUGUUGUGAUAAUGCUAUUUUAUCACUGCCUCUGAGAAAAGCCAGUGAGCAAAAUUGAUCAUUAGGGAAACCUGAAGAGAAAUGUGCCCAGAUUGUUGGUAGAAGAUGACUUUGAAUAUCUGAACCUUGUCAGUUAGUCUUAGAAUUAAAGAUCCAGUUUAUGAAAUCUGUCUGAUCUUGGUGUGAGGCACAUUGGCAUUAUGAUGACUAAGUAAUGUUUACAUACCAUAAACUGAGCUCUAAAACAAGGUCUUGAUAAUGCAGCAUCUCUGGGACCCUGUAUUUUGUACUGCUGAGUGUAUUUCUCAAAAAAACACCAUUUGGCAAAUUUUGCUUAUAGGUAUAGGGUGACUUUGCCCUUUCAGAUUUCUUUCCUAGCCAUUUCUUCUCAGAAGUGGAAAAGUUGACAACGUUGAGUUGGAAGAGCUCUCAGAAACUCCUAGUCGUUAUACAAGAACCAUGAAGAACACUGGGGCCCCUCUCAUUGUCAUGCAGUUAAACUGGAGGGGUAAGUAAGGUGCCGGAUAAGCCUUUAAAACGGCAAUCAUCAACGUGGGCACCUCAGUUUUGUGCCUCCACCUCAGCACGGCACAGAGGCUCACUCGCCACAGCCGGGCCGGCCGCUCGCCCCUCGCUCCAGCCACGGCCGGGCGAGCUCCUGGCGCUGCUGGGAAACAGCGUGCUCAGGGAGGAGGGGAGGGGAGGGCAGGGAAGGGAAGGGAAGGGAAGGACAGGUCCUGCCCUGCCGGCCCAGGUGGUGCCGUAGAAAAAAGUUGUGGCAGCUUCAGAGCGGGCGGUGAGAGCGCGUGCGGGUACCCAGUAAAGCCGGCGGCUUCAGAGAAGAGCAGCCCCAGCUCAGUACUUCCUCCUGCCGAUAACAUCUCCGCCAGCGCUCGUCACGGGUGGCGGCCGCCGCCGUCGCUGCCCUACUUGAAUCGGUUUCAGACUCCUCCCGAGGCGAGCCGGGAGCGGGAGAGCGGCGAGGCGAGAGGGAGGGAGGGGGCGAUGCUCGGGGCCGCGCCGCUCCGCCCGGCCGCCUCCGCCCCGCGCAGCCCCGCUCCCUGCGCUGCCAACACAGCCAGCCGGGCGGCGGAGCUGCGGCUGGACCGGCAUGGGGACCUUAGGCAAGAGGAGAGAAAACCAGCAACCUGCCCAAGCAUGCAGCACUGCCCCUGAAUCAGCGCUGGAGCUGCAGCAGAGCAGCCACUGUCACAGCCUCUCAAAUCACACUCAGGUCAUGAUGGUGCCGUUGGGGCACCUAGCCAAAGGAGCCACUUUGGAAGACCUUCUGGAAACCUGCAUUCAGUCUUUUGAUUUAGAAGGAAAUGCAUGUCAAAACAACCAGCUGCUAAAAAUAAUUCUGGCAAUGCAUCAGUUUUUCAUCUCCUCUGCAGACAUGCUUCAGAAACUCGUUGAUCUCUAUCUUAAUGCUUUAGAAAAUAACUCUUCCAUGCUGUGUGUGAAGAUCUGCUAUUUUGUGAGGUAUUGGAUUACAGAAUUCUGGAUUAUGUUCAAAAUGGACUCUAAGCUAUCCAGAGCUAUGGAGGAAUUUCAAGAAGUGGUUCGAGCUAAUGGUGAGGAGUUACAUUGUCGUCUAAUUGACACAUCUCAAAUAAAUUCUAGGGAUUGGUCUAGGAAGCUGACACAGCGUGUAAAGGCCAACACCAGUAAGAAACGGAAAGUCUCGCUUCUUUUUGAUCACCUCGAGCCAGAGGAGCUGUCAGACCACCUUACCUAUCUUGAGUUUAAGUCUUUCAGAAGAAUAUCAUUCUCAGACUAUCAGAACUACAUUGUGAAUAGUUGUGUGAAAGAGAACCCAACAAUGGAAAGAUCAAUUUCUCUUUGCAAUGGUAUCUCUCAGUGGGUGCAGCUAAUGGUUCUCAGCAGACCAACACCACAGCUUCGGGCUGAAGUGUUCAUCAAGUUUAUCCAUGUUGCACAGAAGCUCCACCAGCUGCAGAAUUUCAACACAUUAAUGGCAGUGAUAGGAGGUCUCUGUCACAGUUCCAUUUCCAGGCUCAAGGAAACAAGCUCAUGUGUUCCUCAUGAUGUAAUUAAGGUGUUUAAUGAAAUGACAGAAUUGCUUUCGUCUUACAGAAAUUAUGAUAGUUACCGACGUGCCUAUAAUGAGUGCAGUAACUUUAAGAUCCCAAUCCUUGGGGUCCACCUGAAAGACUUGAUAUCCCUUUAUGAGGGCAUGCCAGACUACUUGGAGGACAAAAAGAUUAAUGUGUACAAACUAUAUUCUCUGUAUAACCACAUAGAUGAGCUGAUACAACUCCAGGAAAUGCCACUUCCCCUGGAGGCUAAUAUGGACCUUGUUCACUUGCUUACACUGUCCCUUGAUCUUUACUACACAGAAGAUGAAAUUUAUGAACUUUCAUAUGCACGAGAGCCACGAAGUCACCGAGCUGCUCCUAUGACACCUUCCAAACCACCAGUAGUUGCAGACUGGGCCUCAGGAGUGGCCCCAAAACCUGAUCCCAAAACCAUCAGCAAACACGUUCAGAGAAUGGUAGAUUCUGUCUUUAAGAAUUAUGACCACGAUCAGGACGGAUACAUUUCCCAGGAAGAAUUUGAAAAGAUUGCUGCCAGUUUCCCAUUCUCGUUUUGUGUAAUGGCUAAGGACUGGGAAGGUCUGAUUAGCAGGGAUGAAAUAACAGCUUACUUUAUGAGGGCUAGCUCAAUCUAUUCCAAAUUAGGACUUGGUUUUGCUCACAACUUCCAAGAGACCACUUACUUAAGGCCCACUUUCUGCGACAACUGUGCUGGAUUUCUAUGGGGAGUCAUUAAACAAGGAUACAGAUGCAAAGACUGUGGGAUGAACUGUCACAAGCAAUGCAAAGACCUGGUUGUGAUAGAGUGCAAGAGAAGACCCAAAACUUCAGUUGCAGACAGCAGCCCAACAUCUGCGCUUGCUUCAAGCCUCUGCCCAGUAGGAGUUAAAGAACAAUUCCAUGGACAAGAAGAAGGAUCAUUCACCUUUCCUAAUGGAGAAGUAGUGGAGCACAGUGAAGACAGCAAGGAUCGAACCAUUAUGCUCAUGGGUUCCUCAGCUCAAAAAAUCUCAGUGAGACUGAAACCAGCUGUGAUUCAUAAAAGUACACAGACUGAUCCUGUACUGCUGGCUGGUGAUGUAUCUCGUAAGCGGAGAGAGAAGAAAGAACACAGGAUGCCAGAAAAUCCUUAUCUCCAGGCAGCUCCAGCAUCCACAUUUCCAAGCCCAAUUCUAGGCCGCAGAAAGGCAUUUGUUAAAUGGGAAAACAAGGACUCCAGCCAGAAAAUGAAGGAGGAGCAUCACAGCUGCAAACCCUCAUACCAGGAACUUGAGCAGGAAAGGAAUAUUCUAAAGGCAGACAAUGAAGGUUUAAAGAUCCAGCUGGAACAGGCACACAAAACAAUUGAAUCUCUCACAAUCCAGAAAAGAAACCACGUAGUUGACAGUCUACAACACAGAGACUGCUCCUAG